UCUCAUGACUGCGAAAGCUUGUCUUCUUUUGUCAUUCAUCCUUUCCUGGACCAUAGUGUUUCACUCGAGAAAUCCCUCAAAGUCCGCCAGCACACUUCACCCCGAGUUCGCUAUCGUUUUUGUGCUUCCGCUUUCCAUCCAAUCGUAGCGCUAUCAGACGGAAGAUAGUCCGCAAUGGCGUUUCGUGAGAUACGGUUCCGCCUCUACUCAGCGCGGGGCGUCAAGAGGCCAGCGCCACACAUAGCUAUCCAUCCCGUGGCGGUGGUGUCUUUGCCGGGCUUUGAUCCUGCGACCUACCAGAGCAGGCGCAUGGACGAGGCCUGCGACGACCCCAAGUGGGACGAGACGUUUUUUUUUCACAUCAGAGCCGAAUGCAUUCGCACCGCCGCUGCUAUCAUCAUUCAGGUCUUCAGCGACAGCGACCUCGCUUUCUACUGCGGCGCCGCCGCCGUCCCCCUCUCCAUGGCGCAAGCGGAGAAGCACCGCCUUCCGCUCGUCGACCAAUCAGGCGUCAGGAACGGGUACGUCAAGCUGUCUAUCGCCAUAAGCCAGCACAUCGUCCUCGGCGCCGCAGCUGCUGGCGCAGACGGCGGCGCCAUGGCCGCUGCCACCCAUGUAGGACUGGCGAGCGCGCCCCCAGGAAUGAUCGCCGGGCCGGGCGUCUUUGUGCCACCACCUCCGCAUUUCGGCCCUGGUGUCGGCGUUUACACGCCCGCGAUUGGGCCUAACGGCUUCAUGGGCAUGCCCCCGCCUGUGGAGGAGGGAGCGGCGGAGGGAUGGGAUGAGGAGAACGAGGAGGCGGAAGAGAUGGAGGAAGAGCGCCCCCCGACCCUGAAGAGCGCUGGGCGGAGCAGGAGCUGGGGGGGGGGGCUGUUCAGCGGGAUCAUGCGCCUGGUGCGCAGCAAGUCGGGGCGGAUCGAGAGGAUGGAGAAGGAGAACGAGAAUGAGGAGGGAGACGAGGCGGGACAGGAGAAGUAUGAGAGCAAGGAGUGGCAUGGAGAGACGGAGGGGAACGUGGAAGGGGCGCAGGAGAGGAAGCACAGACGAGGAAGGAGCAUUGGGAAUUGGCUUGGACUGGGGGGGGAUCAUAAGGAGAAACAAGUUGACGUGGAUGAGAAGGGCUUCAAUGGGGCAGGGAACAUUGACCGGACUGAUGGUGGUUAUGGGAGGGGCUGGGGUAUGGGCUUUGGUAACACGAUGAGUAUGAAAAUGGUUGCAGGAGCCACUGCUUGAAGUGGGUUACUCUGAUUUCUAGGAUUGUUUCGAGCUGUUCAUAUAUUAGAGCCGCAUGUAUGAGAUGCAUCGUCGACAUGCUUUGUUUGGUGCUCAAUUCUUUGUGAACAAUUAGUUUGUACUUCGCGUUUUAGAUAGGCUCGAC